CUAAAAAUGCAAAUCUUUCUUCUUAUAAGGGAGUUUCCCUUUGCGCCAGUUGAUCUUGUGUAAUUCGCAAGUGCAAUUGAUUGAGCAACCGGAGCAAGGGUUUUGCACCAAUUGAUCUUCUAUUGCAGUGAUUUCUAAUCAAUUUCUUCAUCCCAAGGGCAACAGGAGGGGACAAGCGGCUAAGGGUUUCUCUGGGCACAUUUUGUGUUGCAGUGAUUUCUACUCAAACUUCUUCAUCUCCAAACUUGGAAGUUAUUGAGGCUCCUCGCACUUGGAGAAAGAUAAAAGUAUGAUUUACACAGCAAUUGAUACGUUUUAUCUGACAGGCGAAGAGCUACAGAACUCACCCUCUAGGAGGGAUGGGAUAGAUGAAGUUACAGAAACGACACUUCGAAUCUAUGGUUGUGAUCUCAUUCAAGAGAGCGGUAUUUUGCUCAAAUUACCUCAAGCUGUGAUGGCCACUGGUUAGGUCUUAUUCCAUCGUUUCUACUACAAGAAGUCAUUUGCCAGAUUCAACGUGGAGACUUGGUUUGCACACAGAUGGUUGCUGCGAGUUGUGUAUGGCUUGCUUUCAAACUCGAAGAAAGUCCUAGGAAAGCAAGGCAAGUCCUCAUUGUUUUUUACAGGAUGGAAUGUAGGAGGGAAAACUUACCCAUAGAGCAUCUGGACACAUAUUCUAAGAAAUAUGUGGAUCUGAAAGCAGAUUUGAUCAGAACAGAGAGGCAUCUUUUGAAAGAAAUGGGUUUCAUCUGCCAUGUUGAGCAUCCUCAUAAGUUUAUAUCGAAUUAUCUUGCUACUCUUGGAACUCCUCUAGAACUGAGACAAGAAGCUUGGAAUCUUGCAAAUGAUGGCUUGCGCACAACUUUGUGUGUUAGAUUCAAGAGUGAAGUUGUGGCCUGUGGUGUUGUAUAUGCUGCAGCCCGUAGAUUUCAAGUGCCAUUGCCAGAGAAUCCUCCAUGGUGGAAAGCAUUUGAUGCUGAUAAGUCUGGUAUAGAUGAGGUUUGUAGAGUUCUGGCUCACCUAUAUGCCCUUCCAAAGGCACAGUAUAUACAUGUAUGCAAGGAACGGGGUUCAUUUGCAACAUCUAAUCGAUCAUGGGAUUCACCACAUGAGUCUGUUACCAAGGAUGGUUCCUUGACUGGACCUGCUGCAAAUGAAGAUAGUAGUACUGCAAAAGGGUCCUCUUCAGCUGCAAAUCGGGAAGUGGGUAACGAUGUACUUGUAAAAGCUGCACUUGACAAAAUGAAGGAGUUGAAGAGUGCCGAUGACUCUAAAAGCAUGCCCACUUGUGAAGAGUCGAGAGAAGAUCCAGAGUCUAAAUUGAUGUCUGAUCAUCGAACAGAGGCUGGUGGUGAAAGCAACAAGGAAAGGGACAAAGACGGGGACAGGGAUAGGGAGAGAGAAAGAACAAAGAGCAGAGUUCAUGAUAGAGGGAGAGAAUCUGACGGGGAACGAGGACGCGAGGAUAGUGAAAGGGACAGAGAUAAAAUCAAGGAAAGGGGCCACCGUUCGAGGGACAGAGGAAAAGACUCUGGACGUGUCGAGAAAUCAAAACAUCAUUCUUCUCGAGAUCGAGAAUACCACAGCUCGUCUUACUCAUCAAGGGAGAAGGAUCGUCGUAAACAUCAUUUGUAUGCAUAAACUGGGUUGAAAGGUGCUAUUUUAUUUCUGUUACGCUGCUCGAUUGUAUGUUACCUUCUUGCAAUUAAAUCAUUAUGGAUCAAACGACAUUAGAAAGUACUUUUAAGGUUAAAGUACAGUUCCCUCAAUAGUGGAAACAAUGUUGACAAGCAGUCUUCCGAAACCAUUGAUGGUGAAUUUUGAUACUUCUAAGGAGAAACCUUAUUUCUUUAUCUUCGUUUAAUGUUUUUGCUGACAACCAUUAAGGAAACGACGAACUUUUGUGUUCCUAUUUUA